CGCCGCGCCCGCACCAGCGCCUGGGCGACGCCGCCUGGAGCAAGAUGCCCAAAGUGAACGGGGAGCUCUUCGCGCUCACGUACGGCUCGCUGGUGACGCAGCUCAUCAAGGACUUCGAAGACCUCAAGGUGGUGAACCAGCAGCUCGACAAAAUGGGCUACAACAUCGGCGUGCGGCUCGUGGACGAGUUCCUGGCCAAGUCGGGCGUGGCCAGCUGCCAGGACUUCCGGGACACGGCCGAGGUGGUGGCCAAGGUGGCGUUCAAGAUGUUCCUGGGCAUCAACGUGGAGGUCUCGCAGUGGAACGCGGAGGGCAACGCCUGCAGUCUCCUGAUCUACGAGAACCCGUUGACAGAGUUUGUGGAGCUGCCGCCGAGUGCGUACGGCGUGCUGUGGUACUCGAACGUGCUGUGUGGCGUGCUGCGAGGCGCGCUGGAGAUGGUGCAGAUGCGCGUGGAGGCGCAGUUCGUCAAGGACGUGCUGCAGGGGGACGAGGUGUCGGAGAUCCGACUGGAGCUGAAGGGCAUGAUCGAGGAGGCCAUGGGCGACGAGUACAAGGAGGACUAGUUGCUGUAAGCCUUACAUAGUCCGGUGACUGCCUAAACCUCAUUCUGUAUUGCAAAUGUGAGCCUGCUGCCAGUAGUAUCUUACGUGAGAAGUGUGAGAUGAUA